AUGGGACGAACCAAGCUUCUGCUUGCAGAUUUCGUUCUGUCUUUCAUGUGGGUAUGCUCCGGUGUCCUCCUUCGCAUCAUCGUCAUCCAGCAUCUUGGCUUCGGUCACUCCCCUCUCGCUGAGGCUAUCAAAAUCGCCUUCUCCAUCGCCAAUAUGUUCUUCUUCGCCUUCCUCGUCAAGAUUACACGUGGCGGCGCCUACAACCCCCUCACCGUUUUGGCUGAUGCUAUCUCUGGGGAUUUUAACAACUUCCUCUACUGCGCUGGUGCUAGAAUCCCCACACAGGUGGUUGGAUCAAUUGUUGGCGUUAAGUUUCUUAUUGAUACCAUUCCUGAAGUGGGACGGGGACCACGUUUGAAUGUCGACAUUCAUCAGGGUGCAUUGACAGAAGGAGUACUAACAUUUGCUAUUGUAACCAUUUCACUUGGACUUACCACAAAAAUUCGUGAAAAUUUCUUCAUGAAGACUUGGAUUUCCAGCCUCUCCAAGUUAGCUCUUCAUAUUCUUGGUUCUGACUUGACUGGUGGUUGUAUGAACCCUGCAUCUGUAAUGGGAUGGGCUUAUGCUCGAGGGGAUCACAUAACAAAGGAGCACUUCUUUGUAUAUUGGCUUGCUCCCAUAGAGGCAACCAUUUUAGCAGUGUGGACAUUCAACUUGCUAGUGCAGCCUGCAAAAGAAGAUAACACAGCCUCAAAAAGUAAAUCGGAUUGA